GCAUGUUGAUUCAACCGACAUGUUUCUGUACAUUGAUCGCUCCAUCAUAUACACAUUGUUCCAUUCACUUCCAGCACAAUCCCUUCGUUCCUCAAUAACGUCUAAACCACCCAUAGUCCUUCACCGGGAUUUCGGCAAUGUUCUCAAAUGCUCGGUACAUUGGAAGCAACCGCUUCAAAUCCAGCUGUUGUGCUUCGCGUCUCAAAUCUUAUUCCCCGCUAGUGCUCAGGAUCUCAGAGUAAUCUCGCAACAACUAGCCCUCGGAAGCAGCAGCAGCCCCCAAAAUCCCUCUACCCAAGCCCUCUCUCGACACUUCCCGAGCCCCUUAAUCUUUCCCCCAAAAGAGGUUCUAUCUUUCUCAGCUCCUCUACCACAGCGUCGGCUCCGUUCAAUCUCCUCAAUCUCUGUGUUAAUGCUUGCUGGCCGAAGAAGGAAAAGGCGAUUGAGAAACCCAAUGUCGACAGAAUACUAUCGUUCCUCCGUUUUCCAACGCAUCGCAGACAGAUGAGUCUGCAUUUGGUAUUGCUGUCGUAUUGCCGGCCGUCAUAUUCAUGAUUGAGACGGUUUCUUCUUGAUCGAAAUGGUAGGGGCGUCUUUCUCGCAGCUUCCAAGUUUAUCGAGUAAUUAAUGCGCCAUAACUCAUUAAGCUGCAUCUCCAGAAUUGACGUGUCUCAC